UACACUCACUCACAAUGUCACACUCUCUCAUGCUCUCUCUCUCUCUCUCUCUCUCUCUCUCUCUCUCUCAUAUUCUUUCUAUCAAUCUACCUGUAUCAUACCCACUAAUUCUUUCUAUUAAUAACACUCUUCAUUUAUCUGUCUUUGAAAAAGUUUCAAACUUUCAGACUGGCUUCAUCAAGCCAACGUCAAAGUUUAUUGACGAGCUUUACCUAUCUAGUUUAUAUUGUUCAAUGUCCUGUCAUUUUUAUUAGCUAGGUUUAGCAGUAGUAUUUCUAACUAGUUAAUGUUAUCCAAAUAGUAUAAUGUCUCUAUUCAAACAGCUGUUCAAAUUGUAAGUAUUUCUAAUACACUUUAGUUCAAUCAAAUUUGUUUAGAUCAUAAUUCAAGAGUGUUCCAUCUCUUCCGCAAAGGGGUAGUGUGGGUGCAGGUUUUCAAUCAAGCAGGAGCCACACCUGAUUCCACCUGUUUAAUCAGUUAAUCUUGGCUUUCAGUGGACUUGGGUGUGGCUUCUGCUUGAUUUAGAAUGAAAACCUGCACCCAUGCUGGCCUUUUCCAGAUAAGAUUGGACACCCCUGUCAUACAUGCUGCAACCAGUUAUGUCUUGUGUUGUUCGGGGAUGUUACAGGUCUGUGACCAGAUUGCCUGCUUCUCGCAUUUUGACCUCAUAAUCAACUUGAGGAGAACUGGUCCUGAUUUCUGGAAAAAAUCUUCCCUUUACUUCCAAGGAAACCGUCACGGACUUCUUGUGCCCAACAACACAACAGAUCAAGAGCUGCAGCACAUGAGGAACUGCUUGCCAGAUGCUGUGCGCAUUCAGAGAGUGGAGGAGCGACUGUCUGCACUUGGAAAUGUCAUUGCUUGCAACGACUAUGUGGCUCUAGUUCACCCCGAUCUUGACAGGGAAACAGAAGAGAUUCUGGCUGACAAUCUUAAAGUGGAGGUGUUCAGGCAGACGGUGGCUGAGCAGGUGCUUGUGGGUAGUUACUGUGCCUUCAGUAACCAGGGAGGCCUUGUGCACCCCAAAACAUCUAUUGAAGACCAAGAUGAGCUCUCAUCACUCCUACAAGUGCCUUUAGUCGCCGGUACUGUAAACCGAGGCAGUGAGGUGAUCGCUGCUGGCAUGGUGGUGAAUGACUGGUGUGCCUUCUGUGGUUUGGAUACAACAAGCACAGAGCUGUCAGUCAUUGAGAGUGUGUUCAGGCUGAGUGAGACUCAACCGAGCACCAUAGCCACCAGCAUGAGGGACUCGCUUAUUGACAGCCUCACAUAAAUUCUGCAUGGAUGUAAAACAUGUUUUGGAAAUGGGUUGAAUACCAGACCAGGAUAUGGACAUCACCAUGAAGUGCAACAUUUAUCUCUUCCUGGACACAACUAUAGAGAUACACAUACACUUUGUAUUGUUUUGUAGUGUAUAAAGUGAUGUAAAUCUAAAUUUAAGUAAGUAAAAUGACAUUGAUAAAUCCAGUUUCCAACAUUUUCAUUGGUAAAGCUGCAGAACAAAAUGAGGGGGGGCUUACCAUGUAAAAUAUUCAUUGAGUAAAGAAUUUUAUUGUCUCUUAUUGUGUCAAUGUAGUGCAGUACCAUUAAAACUUUGGUUAAUACUCA